AUGUUGUCUUCCUUGGCACUUUCGGUGCCAUUCCUGUUGGCUGGUCUGCAGGCCGCCACAGUCAACGCCGUCCCGACCAUCUCGGCUGUUGGGUCCAAGUUCUUCUAUGAGAACGGCACUCAGUUCUACAUCAAAGGCAUUGCUUAUCAGCUGACCCCCUCGGACCCGCUUGUUGACACAGCCCAAUGCAAGCGCGACAUCGCCCGCAUGUCCGAGCUGGGCACCAAUUCUAUCCGUGUGUACCAUGUCGAUCCCAGUGCCAACCACAAGGGUUGCAUGACAGCUCUGGCCGAUGCCGGUAUCUACCUCUGGGUGGAUCUGGACACUUUCUCCACACAGAUCGAACAGACUGCCCCCCACUGGAAUGAGACCCAGUUUGAUCGCUUCAAGGCGGUGCUCGAUGAGUUCCAGAAGUAUGAGAACACCGCCGGUGUCCUUGUUGGAAACGAAGUCCUCACCACGGCGGAGGGUUCCGCCGCUGCUCCUUACGUCCUGGCCGCUGCCCGCGAUAUCAAGGCGUACCGUGACAAGAAGGGAUAUCGCGAAAUCCCCGUGGGUUACUCCGCUGCCGACAUCGCCGAUCUGAGACCUAUGCUCCAGAACUACCUCGGCUGCUCCACGAAUGCUUCUGAGCGGUUGGACUUUUAUUCACUCAACGCCUAUGAGUGGUGUGGUGACUCCAGCUACCAGCAAUCCGGCUACAACAUGCUGCAGAAGAACGCGACUGACUACCCCAUUCCCAUCUUCUUUUCCGAGACCGGGUGCAACACCCCCAAGCCUCGUACCUUUGAUGACCAGGCCGCGAUCUUUGGGGACCAGAUGGCUGAUACUUGGUCCGGAUCUAUUAUCUACGAGUGGCUUGAAGAGUCCAACAACUACGGUUUGAUCAGCUAUGGCCCCAGUGUCAAGCCUGCUACCGCCACUGCCAGCUCGAUCGAGGAUGGGUUCACUCGCCAGGGUACCCCAACCCCUGUGUCGCCUGACUUUGCCAAUCUCAAGUCUCAAUGGGCCACUUUGAACCCGACUGGUGUUGCCCUCUCCGAUUACAAGAAGUCGGCCACAGGCCUGUCGAUUGAGUGCCCUGCCUCGACCUCUGGUGGAUGGAAUGUGGAUCCUAGCUCUCCGCUUCCCACUCUGGGCCAGACCUACAAGAAGGGCUCCGAUUCCAGCGCCACAACCAGCGGCGCCAGCGGCACUGGUUCGUCUGCUACCGCCUCGUCGACCAAGAAGGGUGCUGCUUUCACAGUGACCGCCAGCUCCCCCAUCACCGAGCGUCUUCUCGCCGGUUCUAUUGUGCUCUCCGGCAUGCUUGGUGCCCUUGCCCUUUGGCUGUGA